GCAGCUUACUUCAGCCAUAUAGGAAAAUAAACAACUACUACCUGUCCUCAAGCAGAUUGAAGGAACGUCAGCGGCGAUCGUUCGAACAUCUCCUCGUUACGCACCAUAGCGUAUAGGAAAAGUAAACUUUUGUCUUUUUCUUACUGUUAAAGAAGCCUUGAAACCAUCAGAGCUAUUAACAAUGAACAAAGCGGUGACGUUUUCCACAUUCGCCAAAAAUGCUGCCACUGCAGUCAUCAUCAUGUCACUUGUUUGCCACACACUGAGCCUGAACUGGACAUCAGAUCCUGUCUUUCAACUGGACAUGGCAAUGGAUUCUGUUGAUGACCAAUAUAUAGACUGUGAAAACGAUAUGUACAACCUGACUAUAACUACGAUUCUACCAAACGAGUUAAACUCGAAUAAAGAGUUUAGAACAUUUUGGAAUAUGUUCAACAUUCCUGAUUAUUAUGAAAGAAGCAUAAAGGUCUACACAGAUACAGAGCUUUAUGCCGAGCUCAACAAUAAAGUGAGAUCAGGCAGAAAGAGUUACAAGCAUAACUUCAACUAUAAGGCUUUUCAUUUCUUGCUAACACGCGGCAUACAAAUUCGUAAAGUAAAUAAAUGUACUGAUGUUUUCCGCAGAACAGGCAAUCAUUAUGUUACAAAAGUUCUUCGUGAAAUGAGAUUUGGCCAGUUUGCAUCGAGUUCGUUAACAAAAAACCCGAAUGGAUUUGGCAAUGCCUCCUGUUUUAAGAUUAAGACAUGUUUUGGUGCCAACAUAUCCAAUAUUUCUGUGUUUAAACAUGAGAAAGAGGUUCUAAUCCCACCUUAUGAAAAAUUCAAAAUCACAAAUAUUGAAAAAAAUAGUAAUGAGAUGAACUGUGAGGUCCUUUACACUUUAGAGAGCAGUGGAAGAUGCAGUGAAAUGAACUGCAAGCUGCUUAACAGAAAAAAGAAAAUGUGCUGUAUAUGUUAACGCAUGUACUGUAUUUCUGUCAGUGAGAUUCAUUUUUGUUUUGUUAUUCCGUUGUAAAAUUGAUAAAAAAAAAUAACUACAUCAUUGUAAUUUUAACAAUUUUUGAGAUCUUGUCUGAAUGGUAUCUUGCAAAUGCUUUUUAGCACAGCACCAAAAACAUCUUCACGUCCAAAAAAGUGAUGACCUAAUGCUCCCAGGUCCUGCACAUUGCUAAAUUCUUCCAGCAGAAAUUUAACACACUUUUUUUGCAAUGUUAUUAGGAGAACUUUGCCAUUUACACAGCUAGUACGUAGUACAUAUAUACUCAUGUAAUAUACCGUUGAAGCUAUGAAUCUUGUGAUUCGUUUGAUAUAAAGAGCAUGUAAAAGUGCACAAAGGUUUCAAUUAUGAAUAUACAUAUGAAAACACAUAAAUAUACAUAUAAAAUAUACAUUUUGUAGAUUGCUGGAUAUGGGAUAAAAAGGCUGCUAGUCUUGAUUUUUCUAAUAAUUUUCAUUAUUAGAAAAAUCAAGAGUAGCAGCCUUUUUAUCCUAAUUAUGUAUAUAUGGUUACCAAAGUCUCGAAAAAGGUUUUGAAAACAACAACAACGACAAAACAAAAAAAACGUAUGGACAUACCUUUUAAAAAAACAUGUGUAAAAUAUGAAUUUUCUUUGAUAUUGUUAUUGUUAUUAUUUGAACUUGGACUAGGAAAGGCUUCAUUCAUGCUGUGGCCCAAUUGUGUUCUCCAGCUAAUAGUUCGCAGCUACUAUCUGGAAAACACGGGCAUGCGAUACUGAUUUUCACCCUUGUCCCUUGAAUUUCUCCAGAUUCUCAGAAUCUUUUGAUGACAUUAUGUGCUGUGGAUGAUGAGAUAUUCUUAGUCUUCGCCAAUUUUACGUUGAGGAACAUUAUUCUGAAAUCGUUCCACAAAUUGUAGACGCAGUUUUUCGCAGAUUGGUGAACUUCUACAUCUUUACUUCUGAAAGACUCUGCAUCUCUAAGAUACUAUUUUUUUUAUCCCCAAUCAUCUUACUGACCUGUUCCCAAUUAACCUCCAGCUGUUUCUUUUUACUAACACUUACUUUUCCAGACAUUUUUCUGCACCCUUCCCAACUUUUUUGAAACGUGUUGGAGCCAUCAGAUUCAUAAUAAACUUAUUUUUUUCCCUUAAAAUGGUACAUUUACUCAGUUUAACAUUUCAUAUGUUUUCUAUGUUCUAUUCAUUUUUAAAGAGAUUUUAUGAGUUUUAUGAGAUUUGCAAAUCAUUGCGUUCUGUUUUUAAUUACACUUAUUUACAUUUAUAUAUUUACAUUUACAUAUAUAUACACACAUACACACACAAUAACACAUUGCUUUUCUGCUGUUUAUUUUUUUAUUUUUUUAUUUUUUUUUUUACAUUUUAUUUGUGUAUUUGUUUAUUUUAUUUGUUUUAAUUUGUAUUUAUCUGCACACAAGACCGUGCCUCUAAGUCAAUUUCAACAUAGUCAUCCUCAUUUGGAUGUCAUGGUCCUCAUUUGUUUUCCUCCUGAACCCACAGUUAUUAUUUAAUUACAGUAGUUUAGUUCCAAAUUUCCAAAUUUUGUUUAAUGCUAUGACAUAAUUGCCCAUUUUGCAUGUACCAAACUGACCUUGUCUGGGUGUGCACGCUGCCAUUAAAACAAACUCGCUGUCUCUAAUGUGUAAUAGUUCAUACUGUGAGGAGAACACGUGGCAGCAUCACACACAGUUUCAUGUCAAAUCGGUAAUACACUUACGCUAGGCGGCUACACAAUUAUAGGAUGGGGACAGGAGUCAAACAAAAGGUGCAAAAAGAUACCAUGUGUGUGAGAAAUCCUGUUUAAGAUCAUAUAUAAUGUAAAGGGUUUGGAUGUUUGCUCAUUGCUUCGUCUAUCUAUCUAUCUAUCUAUCUAUCUAUCUAUCUAUCUAUCUAUCUAUCUAUCUAUCUAUAUACUAGAUGGAUGGAUGAAUUUUAUGAUUAAUAAACCAAAGUUUAUGUUUCAUAACUUGUAUGUGUGUGAUAAUUCCUGUUUAACAUUAUAAUGUAAAGGGUCUAGAUGCUUGCUGAUUGAUUAAUAGAUGGAUGGAUGGAUGGAUGGACAAAUGUGAUUUGUUUGUUUUUCUCAAUAGUUUUUAUGUUUUUAA